AUGUUCUGCAGUCAACUGAAGAUACAGCUGGCAAAGUUGCCACUUACUAGAUCCUAUGCGAAUGGACCACUUAAGAUUUUGUCCGCACUACCACAAAGGCCAUUGAAAAAGAUCCGUAUAGGUAAGGCUAGACCAGCAAUAUACUACAAAUUUAACACAUUUAUUGAGCUUUCGGAUGGGUCUGUCAUUCGAAGAAGAUCACAAUACCCAAGGGAGGAGUUGAGGAUGAUUACAGAUCAGAGAAAUAAUCCAUUAUGGAAUCCAUCUAAGCCGGAUGUUAGUUUAUUGGAUGCCGAGGCUAAGGGUAAGCUCAGUAAAUUCAAGGCCAAAUUUGCAGCAUUUGAGAAUUCCGGUAAGACAGAAGAAGAUAUAUUGGAGCAGCGGGAGAAAGAGAAGAGGGAGCGCGAGAUUAGAUUGGAAACAGGCAUUUUCACAAAGAAGAAAGAUGAGGAAGGUAAAGGAUGGAUGGAUGUUCUUGAAUCAAACUACAAAGUGCAGAAAUUGGGUGGUAAGAUUGCACAAAAGGACAAGUCAAAGAAGAAGAAGAAGGCUGCUGCUGCUGCUGCUGCUGCUGCCGCCGAUGCUGCAACUGCUUCUGCCACUUCGGCAGCUGGCAAGAAGUGA